AUGUGGAUAGAGGUACAUACUCUGCCCGGAACGAGUCCACUCAGCGGAAUUACGAAACGGAUUAAAAAGUUCUAUACGCGCUUUCGAUCACCUUUGCACCAGGUGACGGAAAGGUUGAAAGGCAUACCACUCUGGCAGAUGGAGACCAUCACCCCGGUUCUGGUGGAACCUUGGAGGACCCGCCUGAAGACAGUGAUGGACAAACCGGCCGAUGAAGUAUGCGCAGGGUGGACACUAGCUGUUGCGGUGAGCAGCUCGGCGAGGAACGGCAUGGUGGGAGUUGGUGGAGUCAUUCACAGCAGGAAUAUGGAACGCAGUCAGUUCGAGCAGAAGGUCUUCUCUUUCACGCUUGGGCCGAGAGCAGAGCAGAAUCCGUUUUCAGGAGAGCUGGCGGCUAUAGCAUAUGCAUUACGGAAACUUCCCGACAGCAAUCGCCAGAAUAUUGCAGUUUUCUCGCGCAACAAGGGAGUGGUGGCAGCAUUGAGCAGGCCCUAUCAGCAAUCGGGACAAGAAUUUAUCACAUGCAUCUACGACUCGGUAGAGAAGCUGGUUGGGAAAGAAAACAUCGUUUCUGUAGGAUGGGACUCGCCGAGCAAGAACAAGCUGUUGCAGGCGGCCAAAAGACAGGCAAAAAUGGCUACGCAGCAGGGCGCUGUACCUGAGGUUCCAUUCCCAGUGAUGAAGAGUACGACGUUGAACAACGAGCGAAGAAACCUUAGAAGUGAACGAUGCAUACCUGAAGGAGUCGGACGGUUCUCCAAGAAAAUAGACGUGGCGCUACCUGGGAGCCACACACGCGAGAUUUAUGAGGAGUGGUCAUGGAGGCAGCGCUCAACGCUUGCCCAGCUGAGGACAGACAUGGCAAAACUGAACGGUUAUCUCCAUCGUAUCAAAGCAGUACCUUCGGAGCAAUGCGCUUGUGGGCAGGCGAAAGAAACGGUCAAACAUUUUCUUUUACAGUGCCCGCAAUGGGAUGAACAGCGAAAAGAGUUACGAGCAUGCACAAGCACGAGAUGGAACGAUUUGUCGUACCGACUAGGGGGAAAAUCGGCAUCAGACGGACCGAAAUGGAAACCAAAGAUGGGAGCAAUCCGAGCGACGAUACAGUUCACACUGGCCACAGGACGUUUCGACAACUGA